AUGUCAUCAUUCAAGGUCGCUCUUCUCGGUGCUUGCGGUGGUAUCGGACAGCCUCUCGCUCUUCUCUUGAAGCUCAACCAGAAGAUCUCUGAGUUGGCUCUUUACGAUAUCAAGCAGGCUCGUACUCCUUGCGCCGGUGUUGCUGAGGAUUUGAGUCACAUCAACACCCCCGCUGAGGUUAAGGGUUACGCCGGUGAGGAGGAACUCGAGGCUUGCCUCACUGGAAGCAAGCUCAUCGUCAUCACUGCCGGUGUUCCUCGUAAGCCCGGCAUGACCAGAGAUGAUCUCUUCUCAGUCAAUGCUGGUAUCGCAGCUGGUCUUGCUAAGAACUGCGCCAAGUAUGCUCCUGAUGCUACUCUGUGUAUCGUCACCAACCCCGUGAAUUCCAUCGUCCCUGCCUGCGCUGAGGUCUAUAAGCAAGCCGGUGUGUUCAACCCUAAGAAGCUUCUCGGUGUUUCUCUUUUGGAUACAAUCAGGGCUGAGACCUUCGUCGCCAAGGAGUUGAAGACUGAUGUGAACAAGGUGACUAUCCCCGUUAUUGGCGGUCAUGCUGGUGUGACUAUCAUGCCUUGGUUCUCUCAUGCUACUCCCAAGGUUGACUUCGACGAGGCCACUCUCACUGCUUUGGAUAACCAUGUUCAGGGUGCCGGUACUGAUGUUGUUAACGCUAAGGCUGGUGCUGGAUCUGCCACUCUUGCCAUGGCCUAUGCAGCCGCUGAGUUCGUCGAGGUUGUCAUUCGUGGCAUGCACGGUGAACAAGCUAGCGCUUCCACUUUCUUCAACGAGCCUUACGGUGAUGUUCAAUACUUCUCUUACUUGUGCGACUUCGGACCUGAAGGCGUCUCCAAGACUCAUCCUAUUGAGGGCUUGAGCGAACACGAGGCCGGCAGGCUCCAGGAGGUCAUCACUAAGCUGAAGGUUGAUGUUCAGAGGGGUAUUGACUUUGCCAACAAGCAGGAGUAAGUUAAUCUUCUAUAGCUAACUUAUUGAGGGAUGUACUUCCCUCGAAUAACCGUCUGAAUUUUUCUCUACAG